UGGGCGAGAAUUCCUUCCCCACCACGUGACAGAGGAAAGGCUGUUCGCUGAUUGGCUGAGGUGAGGCAGAAGCGGCGGGCCCGGCAUCGGCACGCAUACUUCCGGUGUGCUCCUAGUGUGGGCCGGCUUGUUUGGGUGCUGCCGUCACACUAUGGCGGCGCGCGGAGCCGAAGUAGCGUGCGGCGGAGGCAGCCGUGUGGCGGAGUCCGAAGGGAGCGCGCAACAGCCGCAGGAGCAACGCGAGGGAGAGGACGGAGCGGCGGCGAGAGGCGGCUCUGAGGGUGUGCUGCUUGCUAUGGAAGAAUCACAAGUCUGUGAGAUUGGAAGUGUUGGCCAGGAACAACUGAUGAACAGCAAGUGCAGUGCACUGAAUACAAUGCUGCAACAUUCAGAAACACGUUGCGAUGGCACAGAAAAUGCAGGUGCAUUGGAGGAGGUGGAGGAUUACAUUGCUGGAAACAGAAAGCUGCUGGGAACUGCAUACUGUGCUCAAGAAUUGCGGGAGGAGACUCCUGGGAGAGAAGAAGCCCGUACUGAUCCGCCUGAUGGUCAGCAAGACCCAGAACGUGAGAAAAACAAAGAGAAAAAUUUAGGAAAAGAAGUUCUGUUACUGAUGCAAGCUUUGAAUACUCUUGCCACUCCAGAAGAAAAACUGGCAGCACUCUGCAAGAAAUAUGCUGAUCUGUUGGAGGAGAGCCGGAACGUUCAAAGGCAGAUGAAGAUGCUGCAGAAGAAGCAGGCGCAAGUUGUAAAAGAGAAGGUCCACCUGCAGAGUGAGCAUAGCAAGGCCAUUCUAGCACGUAGUAAACUGGAAUCUCUCUGUCGUGAGCUUCAACGCCACAAUAAGACGCUAAAGGAAGAGAAUGUGCAGCAAGCACGUGAAGAGGAGGAAAGACGUAAAGAAGCCACUGCACACUUCCAGAUCACUCUAAAUGAAAUCCAGGCUCAGCUGGAACAGCAUGGCAUACACAAUGCAAAACUCCGCCAAGAAAAUAUUGAAUUGGGGGAGAAGCUGAAGAAGCUCGUAGAACAAUAUACGCUUCGAGAAGAACAUAUGGAUAAAGUCUUCAAGCAUAAAGAACUGCAGCAACAGCUGGUAGAUGCCAAGCUUCAGCAAACGACACAGCUUAUAAAGGAAGCUGAAGAAAAGCAUCAGAGAGAGAGAGAGUUUCUAUUAAAAGAAGCUACCGAAUCUAGACACAAAUGUGAACAGAUGAAACAACAAGAAGCCCAAUUAAAACAGCAGCUUUCUCUCUACAUGGAUAAAUUUGAGGAGUUCCAGACAACAAUGGCAAAGAGUAAUGAACUUUUCACAACAUUCAGACAAGAAAUGGAAAAGAUGACCAAGAAGAUUAAAAAACUGGAAAAAGAAACAAUAGUUUGGCGUACAAAAUGGGAAAACAACAACAAAGCUCUCCUGCAAAUGGCAGAAGAAAAAACUGUUAAAGACAAAGAAUACAAAGGCUUUCAAAUAAAACUUGAGCGUUUGGAAAAGCUGUGCAGGGCUCUUCAAACAGAAAGAAAUGAGCUGAAUGAGAAGGUGGAAAUCCUUAAAGAACAGGUUUCUGUAAGGGAAGCAGAUGUUGAUCUAGCUGUACAUGUGUUGCAGUCAUGCACGCUCAAUUCCCAUGAGAAGCUGGGGAUUUCUACCAAUGGCGCACAAGAAGGAAUCCAACCAGCUGCUGAAUUGGGGGUGGCAAAUGAAGGCAAUGGCUCUGAAAAAACUGUCUACCCGGAUUCCAUUCCUGCCACAGAUUUUGACGACUAAAGUGUAAACACUGUACUGAGAGAUAUAUUUUGUGUAUAACUUUAACUGGUGGUGGUAACUAUUAGUUUUGUGGUGAAAAUUUUCUUACUUUUUCUACCAUAUCUGUAUUUUCUUAGAACAACAGAACUUGCCUGGUACAGGAAGCUGCAUAGCGGCUAUUGAAUAGCUUAUCUAUAAAUUUUCCACAACUGUA